AUGGCCUUGGGCGCUGGGUCCCAGAGGCCAGAGUCACGUGUGCCUCUUACUUCUGAUAGCAAGCCUUUGGGGUUUGGGGAUCCAGCGCUGCAGCCAGAGGGCCAGGAUCGAGGCCCAGUGGGCACCACCUUUUCUGCUUUCCAGCCCACUCACCUUCAGAUGCACAGAUCGACGGGGUGUCCGUCCCACGAGAAACUGCGGCCGCAACAGCUGCGAGAGCUGCGAAGGCGACGGCUGAAGGAUCAAGAGCUGAUCCGCCGGGUUGAACCGCUGCUGCCCCGGCGGAGGGUGUGGCCUAUGAAGCAAUUCUGGAAUAAGUUUUUGCAGGACAGGGCCCCCUGGAAGAACGUGAUCUAUAAGACGUACCGACACAGCAUCUUUGCUUUUACUCAUGUACUGGCCCCUGUCUGGAUUAUUCAUUAUUAUCUCAAAUAUCAUGUGAAUAUAAAACCAUAUGCCAUCGUUGAAAGAAAGCCAAGAAUAUUUCUAGGAGAUACAAUUCUGGAAACUGGGGAAGUAAUCCCACCAAGGAAAGAAUUUCCUGAUCAACAUCAUGGAAUAUUACUUUUAAAAUUUCAAAGGUGUUUGAGCCCAAGUUUGUUGCUACAUUACCAAACUUACUGA